GAUUAGAAAAUGAAUAGUAAGUGGUGAUCUAAGAAGGUAUCAUAGGUUUUUCAACCCUUUUGCAAUUUUUAACAAAAAAGACAACGUCUCGAGAUGACGAAUGUGUUUAUUAAGAAGACCCUUUCAUCAAAAUAUUACGAUCAAAUAAUCAUUAAGAAAUGUUAUAUUUCACGAUCAACAAGAAACAAUGAACGAACGAUAAAUAUUUAUAUUUGCGUGAAAUGAGCUAAGUCAUCAAAUAGAGGUUAUCAUUGGUCUGCGAUGUUUGCGUGCGUAUGUGUUUAACGUAUCGGAAAAUAUAUCUGCCGUUUUCAGCAUAUAGUAAAGAUCGAAUAGUUAGAAAUUUGUUGGCUAAUCAUGGCACAAGACGAGCAAAAGUUGAUUAGAGAAGAUUUUAAUGCCGGCCCAUCCAGUUUUGAUGAAAUCGAACCAGAUCUAUUUCUAGGGAAUCUCACAGCUGCCACGGAUGUGAAGUGGUUGAAAGAAAUUAAUAUGACUCACAUACUUACGGUAGAUUCUUGUCCUCUACCAAGAAAGAUUCAAGAACGAUUACCUAAUCUCACUGUAAAAUAUAUUCAAAUAACAGAUAUGCCAAGGGAAGAUUUAUUAACUCAUUUGGAAGAUUCUUAUGAAUUUAUUGAUCAAGCUUUAAAAUCAAAUGGCAGAACGCUGGUACAUUGUUACUUUGGCGUAUCCAGAUCCGUUAGCGUUGUUAUCGCUUAUAUUAUGAAGAAACAUAGAAAAUCUUUUUUAGAUGCAUUGGAAAUAGUCAAACAAAAGAGACAUUUUGUUGGACCAAAUCCUGGAUUUAUAGCUCAAUUGCAAUUAUACGAAGAGAUGGACUUUGGUAUAGACAAUACUAAUGUUCAAUUUAAGAUGUACAGAUUGCAAAUAGCUGCGGAUAAAGUGAGGAAAGUGAAAAUUUUACCCCAAAAUUGCAUUGAUUUAAUAAAGCCGGAUCCUGCAUUAACGACUAUACGCCCAGAGCCAACCGUUUAUCGUUGUAGAAAGUGUCGAAGAAUCGUGGCAAGUGCAAGUAAUAUUUUACCGCAUACGAUGCACCAACGACAGAUUUGGCGACAUAUUAGUUCUAAACGAAUAUCUAAACAGAUAAAAGACGGGGAAGAUGGAGCUGAAUGUGUAAAUGUAAAGAAAGAAAGCGAAAUGACCGAACUAUGCACAAAGAUAUAUUUUGUGGAGCCGUUGGCAUGGAUGCCAGACAUAAUGCAUAAUGUGGAAGGAAAGUUGAAUUGUCCAAAGUGUAAUACAAAAUUAGGCUCCUUUAGUUGGGUAGCCGGUAGUCAGUGCCCAUGUGGUAGUAAAAUAGCUCCUGCAUUUUAUUUAGUACCGUCUAAAGUCGAUUGGAGUAAUGCCGUUCAGAAUGUACAGAUAACAGUAUAGUACCAAAGAUUAAUAGAUCAUUUAUGGUGAAAAUGAUUCUAUGGACGGAUAAUUACAAUAAUUAUCAUUAUCAUAGCUGUCAUUGUAUUAAUGGUAAAUCUGCUAAAAAUUUGUAGUAUAUUUUUAUCAUAAAGCGUAUCGGAUAAAAAAUAAUAAGACAUUUGUAACAACGAUUUGUAAUCAACAAUUUAUAAUGCAAUGAUGUAAUCGAUUUCAAUAUUUACGUCUUACGUUGAAUAGAGUUGUCUGUCGCGCAUAAUCUAGCGAUUAUACAUAUACAUAUAUAUAUAUAUAUAUAUAUAUAUAUAUAUAUAUAUAUAUAUAUGUAUAUGGAUAUAUAUAUAUAUGUCUCCAUUGUGUAAUUAAUGAUAUUUCUUACAGUAUUAUUAAGAAAGUUAUAUUUGUGUUUAAUCUAUUCGACUGCUAAUACUACAUGCAUUCGCAUAUUAUCCCAUUUGAUCAAGUAUACAUGGAUAUCUAUAUACACAAUACAAUAAAUCUCGUUAAGGAAUUA